GCGGUGGAACUAGAUUCGGAGUCCCGGUACCAGCAGGCCCUAGUGUGUUACCAAGAAGGGAUUGAUCUGCUUCUGCAGGUUCGGAAAGAAGGAGGACAUUGGUGACUACAACAUUGGACAUAGCAGGUCUCCUGGAACAGUGGGAGAAAGAUGACACACAGAAGAAAAAAAUUGGAGCACAAGAGACCUUCAGCACCUGUUGACUUCUCAGAGCAGACCCGGGUAAGCCCGAGAGCAUCCUGAAAAUGACGAAGAAAGGAAAAACUCUUAGACUGUUUGUCAUUGCAUGGGGGAGCCCCGUGGAGAAGGCAGUAGAAAAUCAGAAGCCUAUGGCAAGGCAACCCAUUCAACACCAAAUAUGAUGGGCAGAAGCUCACCAUGGGAUCAGACUGGGCUAUCUUCAUUCUCAGAGGGGAGCCAUGCCUAGGAGAUCAAGGACUUUGGCCAUUCAAGACAGAAGUACUGAUGUCACUUUGGAGGAAUGAGUGUGCCUGGCAAAGGAGAAGGAGGCCAGGAGAAAAAGCAAGAGAAGAGCAAAAGCAAGGAAGGAAGGAGAUCUGAAAUCGCAGGCCUUGAAGGAAGACAAUUGAGCUGGAGGUCAGCAAGAAGACCUGUGACUUCGCAGUGUAUCUCCGCAUGGAGAGAUGGGCCACUAGAGCUCCUUGCUGGUCUUGUGGGCAGGGUGAAUGCUGCAAACUACAGACCAGGCACCCAAGAUCGUACUAAGAGAUGUUAUCUCAGAGAAAAAAUUACUUACUAUAUGGAUAGAGCAGAAGACAUAAAGAAAUACUUGGAUCAAGUAAAAGAAGAUGGAAAAUAUCACAAACAAAUUAAGAUAGAAGAGAAUGCAACAGGUUUUGGUUAUGAGUCACUUUUUAAAGAAUACCUUAAUGAGACAGUCACGGAAGUUUGGAUAGAAGACGCUUACAUUAGGCACACUCACCAGCUAUAUAACUUCCUUCGAUUUUGUGAGAUGCUUAUUAAGAAACCAUGUAAAGUAAAAACAAUUCACCUUCUCACCUCUCUGGAUGAAGGGUAUGGGAAUGUACAGCAAAGUAGUGGCUUGGAAGAAAUAAAAGAGUCACUCAGGAAACAUGGAGUGCUGUUGGAAAUAGAAUAUUCUUCUUCAAUACAUGACCGAGAAAUUAGGUUUAACAAUGGAUGGAUUAUUAAGAUCGGAAGGGGACUUGAUUACUUUAAAAGACCACAGGGUCGUUUUUUUCUUGGAUUUUGUGACUUUGAUUUAAGACCAUGUCAUGAAACAACAGUGGACAUUUUUCAUAACAGGCACACACGAAAAAUAUGAUGGUCAGUAGCCUAAUUCAUACUUCAUAUUUCUACUCUAAAUGUUGUUUUAUUCCAUUUUCUGUUGCUAUAGUUGAAUACCACACACUGGCUCAUAUAAAGAAUAGAAGUUGAUUUAGCUGGCACUUCUGGAGGCUGGGAAGUCUUAGGACAGUGUCAGAAUCUGGUGCAGGCCUUCUUUCUGCAUUGUACGUGAGAGAUGGCAUUAUGGAAGAGAUGCAAGCUAUGCCCAGAGUUCACUUUUAUAACAGCCACUUUUGGGAAGCAGAGCUGGUCAUAUUUCAGAAGUCCCACCUCUUAAAACUGCUAUUUUGAGGACCAGGUUUCCAACACAUGAACUUUUGAAGGUCAACAUUCAAACCACAGAAGUGAAUACUGGAUUUAAAAAA